ACGGCUGUACUCUUUCCAGCUGAUCGGCAUAAAACAUUCGACCUGCUUUUAUUCAAUUUAAACAGUUUUCUGUAAAUUCCAAACAAAUAUAUAUCACAAUGCCAGUGGUAACCGUAGAAAAUGCUGAGGAGUACCAAAAGUUCAUCAAUGCGGACAAGACCACGGUGGCGCUGUUUGAAGCCGACUGGGCCGAGCAAUGUGCUCAGGUGAAAGAUGUGCUGGGGGACCUCUCCAAGAUAUUAGGAGACAAACUGCAAUUCAUCAACUUAAAUGCGGAGAAGUUUCCAGAAAUAUCAAUGAAGCACCAGAUUGAAGCCGUCCCAACGGUCAUAUUCUUCACUAAGGGUUCGGCAGUAGAUCGCGUCGACGGUGUGGAUAUUGCUUCUAUAAGCAGUAAGUCCAAAAAGUUGGCCGAAAGCGCAAGUAGCGCUGCUGCCACCGGCCAAACUCUUGAGGACCGCCUUAAAGCCCUCAUCAACAAGGCACCACUUAUGAUUUUUAUGAAAGGCGAUCGAAAUGCUCCACGGUGUGGCUUUUCCAAGCAACUGAUUGCCAUUGUCAACGAUACAAAUUUGCCGUAUGAAACCUUUGACAUCCUAGGGGAUGAAGAAGUCCGUCAGGGCUUGAAGACUUACUCCGAUUGGCCCACGUACCCGCAGGUCUAUGUCAAGGGAGAGCUUAUCGGCGGACUAGACAUCAUCAAGGAACUUCUGGCCAACAAAGAGUUGGAAGCUACACUCAAGGCCUAAUGUUUUCUAUUGACCAACUUACCAAUACGCACCUCAAGCCCGAAACAAACCAGUCUUCUAAGCCGCAACAUUUUUAACGAAUAAAUAAAGAGAGUUUAGCGAACAAUUUA